AUGGUGUACGCUGUCCCUCUCAUCGUCUUUAUGGAUGACGUGUCGGGGAAUGUCUCCAAGCAAUGGAAUAAGCACCACGCAAUAUACAUGUCGAACGCGAAUUUGCCUCGCGAAAUGCUGGAGAAAGAAUUUUGCGUUCGUUUCGUCACAUCUUCUCCUCACGCAGCUCCGAUGGAGAUGAUGAGCGCCAUGCAAGACUCAAUUGGGAAGGUUAAGGAAUCCGGGAUCUUUACUUGGGACUGUAAAGACAAUGAAGAAGUCAUGCUGGUCCCAUACGGUCUCUUUCUCGGUGGCGACAAUCCCAUGCACGCUGAAGAGUGCAGUCACGCAGGGUUACAUUGUAACUACUUUUGUAGGACAUGCGAAGUUGGCGGAACGAAGGAGUACAAGGAGUCGAACGAGGGCUACAACAGCAUUUUUGUACCAGGACAGCUUCGCACACCUGCAGGAACAGCAGCCGAGAUUCGCGCGCAAUUUGUCACUGCGCUCAAUUCAGGCGCUUCGGAAAAAAUCAAGAAAUCCGUCUCUUUAACAGGGAGUGCGCUCGAUGAUGCCAUCAAUCCUUUGCUGGGCGUGGAGGGAUUCAAUGUUCAUCAAGACACGCCAACGGAGAUACUCCACACGGUGCUAUUGGGGGUGGUCAAGUAUUUUUGGGGUCAGUCGGUGUAUCUUCUCGAGAAGGCGAAGCUUUUGGACCUUUUUCAAAUGCGACUCGACUCGAUCGCGAAGGAUGGACUCAAUUCUCCGUGUCUGAACGCCGAAUACAUCUGCCAUUAUAAGGGCAGCCUCAUCGGGAAACAUUUCAAGAGUCUAGCUCAAGUUAUGCCGUUUCUCAUUCAAGAUCUGUUGCCGAGAACAGUACUUGAUGCGUGGACGAUUAUUGGUGAGCUCGUUGUGCACAUAUGGCACACAGAAAUAGACGACACAGAGACAUACUUGGUACGAGGAUGA